AUGACCACCAAGCCCGCGCCCAAGCCUCGCCGCCCGCCUUCGGCCUCCGGCGCCGCUACAGCGAACGGGAAGGCGCCGUCCUCGUCCAAGCCCACCUCUCCGGUCCACCCUUCGUCGGCGGCGGAGACGCCGGAGAGGACGGUGAAAAAGCUGCGCUUGGCGCGGGCGCUCACGCUCCCGGAGGCCACCCCGGUGUCGGAGGCGUGCCGGAGGAUGGCGGCCAGGCGCGUCGACGCCGCGCUGCUCACCGACGCCAAUGGGAUGCUCUCGGGCAUCCUCACAGCCGAGGACAUUGCGGGACGGGUAAUAGCUGAGGGUCUCGAGCCUGAGGAAACGCAUAUGGUGAAGGUGAUGACGCGGAACCCGGUUUUUGUUAUGUCCAAUUCAUCGGCCAUAGAGGCACUGCAGAAGAUGGUCCAAGGCAAGUUUAGGCACCUUCCCAUAGUGGAACAUGGUGAAGUCAUUGCUAUGGUGGAUAUUAAGAAGUUCCUUUAUGACGCAAUUUCAAGAAUGGAGAAGGCUGCAGAACAAGGCAGCGCAAUAGCAGCUGCUAUGGAAGGGGUUGAGAGACAAUGGGGAAAUGAUUUUCCAGGACCACAUGCAUUCAUGGAAUCUCUUCGAGAACAAAUGUUCAAGCCUUCCUUGUCAACUAUUAUAACUGAAAAUAGCUGUGCUCCAGUGGUAUGUCCAUCAGAUCCAGUUACUUUAGCCGCCAAAAAGAUGAGGGAACACCGAGUUAACUCAGUUGUUGUCAUGACAGGGAAUGUGUUGCAAGGAAUUCUCACUUCCAAGGAUCUGGUCCUGCGAGUACUGGCACAGAAUUUAUUGCCAGAUGCAACUCUGGUAGAAAAGGUUAUGACUGCAAACCCUGACUGUGCCACAUUGGACACAUCAAUCCUAGAUGCUCUACAUUCGAUGCAAGAUGGAAAAUAUCUGCAUAUUCCCGUCGUAGGCAGAAAUGGACAGAUUAUUGCGUGUUUGGAUGCUCUACAGCUAGCCCAUGCAGCCAUAUCCAUGGUUGAGGGAACAUCUGGAGCAAAUGAUCUGGCAGACAGUAUGAUGCAGAAGUUUUGGGAUUCUGCUCUUGCCAUGCAUCCUGCAGAAGAAUUUGAUGCUCGUAGCUAUGAGUCUCGAAUGGUGGCAUCAGACAGUGCUGACGGGAAACAUGUACAUCCUCCUCAUGUUAACAGUUCUUUCUGUUUUAAAAUUGAAGACAGAAAAGGGCGUAUGCACAGAUUCAGUUGUGUUUCAGAAAGCUUAGACGAGCUUGUCUCUACUGUGGCAUACAGGCUAGGAACGGAUGGUGAAAAGUCGAGCAUCAACCUUCUGUACGACGACGAUGAAGGUGACAGGGUUCUCCUGACUAGCGAUAGUGACCUUACUGCAGCAAUCCAGCAUGCCAAAUCAGCUGGGUGGAAGGUUCUGAGGCUGCAUAUGGACGACUCCCAGGUUAUGACUGAAUCCACCGUGCCGCGAGCGAAUACCUCAACCUCACAGAGAGCGCGGACGUCUCUCCGGUUCGGCGUCAUUGCCCUCCUCGGCGUCGCGGUAAUCGUCUACCUGAAGCGCUCUCAGCUCUGA